UAAGUGUGCUCUGCAGUCUGGAAAAGAGAUGGAUGAAGACAGAUAUGACAAAGACCUGUAAAAUACCAAGUGAUACUGGGGUGAAUAGAGACUAGUUAUAUUUGCUGAUUCUUCCAACUCAAAAGCUAGGGACCACCAAGUGGAACUAGUGCCUUUGCGGAGUAACAGAACAGAUCUUCUUUGCAGAGCCUGAGGGUACAGAGGAUGCUAAACUUUGACAUAGGCACAAAAAUUGUGCGGACAAAUGAAUAGAAGAAAAUUCCAUCGAGGAUUUUCAACUAAUGCUGCCUCUAGCUUUGAACAUCAAUGAAAGGCUGGGGCUAGGAAAGUAGGAGAAAUACCACUAUCUACUUAUGUAGGUCCUUACAGAUCCUUUUCCCUUGAUGGUCAAAGAUCACCCCCCAGGUGGGCACAGCCUGGUGAUGCUUUUGCCUAGGACAAAUGAUCUGAGACAGCCAUGGGGCUCCUCCUCCUGGAUCUGAGGGGGACAGCUUGGCCACGGACCCGAAGAAGGCAAUGAGGCAGACCCAGAACUUGACAGGGCUUGGGAUGGAAAGAUUAAAAACAAAGAGGUGAGGGCACAAGUGUUUCCAGAACCCCCGUCAGAAGCUCUAGAGGUCUUCAGCUUCUCAGUAUAUUCGUAAGCAGGAUACCAGACCAAACGGACCUUUGAUCAGGCCAAGUAUAGUCUUGCUAAAGGCUUUGACAAGCUACAGCACAUUACCAAGCAGUCAGGCAAGAAAUGGCUGCACAGCUUUUAUUAGAGGUGCCUAUAUUUGCAUAACUGAGCAGUCACAUCAGUGCCCUUUCUAUUUCACACCUCUCUCCCUGGAUUUCUCUCCCCAGAAUCAAGGUUGCCGCACAAGGAAGAGCCACCUCUAGGUCAGAAAGAUGGGGGAAAUGGAACAGAUGAAGCAGGAGGCUGAGCAGCUGAAGAAGCAGAUUGCGGAUGCCCGGAAAGCCUGUGCAGACACAACGCUUGCUCAGAUCGUGUCCGGUGUGGAGGUUGUUGGCCGCAUCCAGAUGCGGACCCGAAGAACCCUGCGUGGGCACCUGGCCAAGAUCUACGCCAUGCACUGGUCCACAGACUCCAAACUUCUGGUCAGUGCCUCACAAGAUGGGAAACUGAUCGUGUGGGACACAUACACAACUAACAAGGUUCAUGCCAUCCCUUUGCGUUCUUCCUGGGUCAUGACCUGUGCCUAUGCUCCCUCGGGCAAUUUUGUGGCCUGUGGAGGCCUUGACAACAUGUGCUCCAUCUACAGCCUCAAGACUCGUGAAGGCAACGUCAAAGUGAGCAGGGAGCUCUCAGCCCAUACAGGUUACCUCUCCUGCUGCCGAUUUCUUGAUGACAACAACAUUGUGACUAGCUCUGGAGAUACCACAUGCGCGCUCUGGGACAUUGAGACAGGGCAGCAGAAGACGGUGUUCCUGGGUCACACCGGUGACUGCAUGAGCUUGGCCGUCUCCCCAGACUUCAAACUCUUCAUCUCUGGGGCUUGCGAUGCUACAGCCAAACUGUGGGACGUGCGAGAGGGCACCUGCCGCCAGACCUUCUCAGGGCACGAGUCUGAUAUCAACGCCAUCUGUUUCUUCCCUAACGGUGAAGCCAUCUGCACGGGCUCUGACGAUGCCACCUGCCGCCUCUUUGACCUCCGGGCAGACCAGGAGCUCAUCGUGUACUCUCAUGAGAGCAUCAUCUGCGGGAUCACAUCCGUCGCCUUCUCCCGCAGCGGGCGCCUCUUGCUUGCUGGAUAUGACGACUUCAACUGCAACAUCUGGGACUCCCUGAAAGCAGAGCGUGUGGGAAUCCUUUCUGGCCAUGACAACAGAGUGAGCUGCUUGGGGGUGACAGCAGAUGGCAUGGCCGUUGCCACCGGCUCCUGGGACAGCUUCCUCAAGAUUUGGAACUGAAGCCAGAAGCAGAGAGGGAAAGAGCAACAGAAGCAUGGUCCACAGCCAGAGCCCAUGCAAACAGCAUUGUCAGCUGAGCACAACGAAAUGCCUACCUAUCACUCCCGCUUGUCUCUAGACACAGGUCGCUUGUAGGGGUCUCCCAGAGUGAAAGGGAAAGGAGAGUUUGGGGAGGGGGAGCUGGGGAGCAGGAACACACACUGGCCCUUCUCUUCACCUCUAAACAGGCCCAGCAGCUUCCAGCCUUGUGCAGGCUUGAACACCUGCAAAACUCUGUUCAUUAUAUCUCAGGACUUUACAUUACAGUUCAGACACCCUGCGUCUUCCUUCAAACACCUCUACCUGCAUCAACAGCCAUCCUUCAGAGGGCCCCACAUCCAGCACCUGUCCCAGACAACUCUACCUGUGCUUGUCUGUGCAGCUGCCCUAUAUCCCUGCAGACAACCUCAGAGACAUACUGGGUUUGAGAAUUCUAUCAUACAACCUCAGACAAAAAGCUAGUGUAAAUUGGGCUCAUUUUCCAUUGGGGAAGACUUAGCUCAAAUCUUAUCUAUGCAUAAAUGAGGGAGAGAUAGCUCUCAGGCCUGAUAGAAUACCGGGAAUCAUUAUAUUUAUUCUUAUUUAUUGUCUGCUUCUUGCUGUUCCUUCUCUUUUUGCCUCAUCCCUGCAUUGUGUGGUGACCCUGUCAAACCAGUAGCCACCAACCCGUUUUCAAGUCUGUUACAGACCUCCAUAGCCCAGGCAAAUAAAGAAAGUUCACAUAAGCACAGCAGGCUGUGUUCUUACCAUCACUGCAAUGAGCUACUGCAAACAUCACCCUCUUUCUGUAAAUACUGUCUGCUGACCCCAUCCAGAUAGCAUCUCAUCCCCAGGCCUUCCUCUUCCUUCAAAGUGCCCAGGGGUGGGUAUUCCUCACCUAUGUUUUCAGUUGAGAAGAGGCUGUUAGUCCCGACAUUGCUGCCCUAGAGCUGAAAAUGUAUCCUUGCACACCUUGUAGUUACAAGCUCUGUUAUCAGGGACAGGCAUCAUGUUCAACCAGCCACUA